AAUUACGUUUCUGAACGCAACUUUUAGCUGUCAUUUUUGACAAGUGUCAAUUGAAAAUCAUAACAUAACCUAUCAUAUCAGUGUUAUCGAAUCAAAUAGUUUUGUUGUUGUUUUAGUGAUUCAAUAUACAUAUUUUUACAAAAUAAACAUGACACUUGGUGGGGAUUCGUCCGAAAGUUUCGACAAGAGCCGUAUGUUAGUAGUAAGGAAGCUUUUGAGUUGCAACUUGAAUCAAACACAGAAAUUCCCAGUUAUGAGGAAUUAAUUUCGUUUAUUGAAAAGCGGAGCCAGGCAUUAGAGAACAGCGUUGGUAAGUCGUUAACAUUAUCUAGUAAACCAGUGUAUAGUAAGCCAGUGUCGAAUAAGGCUAAGCCUGCUCUCCUUGUGCCGCCAGUGAGCAACUGUGCUAUGUGUUCCGCACCGGGACACAAAUUGGAUAACUGUACUAAAUUUUUGGAACUGCAGCCAUUGGAAAGGUUUGCUCAGGUUAAGGAGAGGAGACUUUGCAUACUUUGUUGUAGGCCAUCACACUCGGUUAAAAAUUGUAAAUCAUCGGUGACUUGUGGCAUCUGUAAGCACAGACACCACACAUUAUUGCAUUUCGAUAAGGAUAAGGAGUUGGAACCAACAGCUCCGCCAACCCAAGUGGCAUUGGCUGUGCAUAAUGCAAAUGCACCAAGUUUAUUCUCGACAGCUAUCGUGAUGAUAAAAAAUAAAUUUAACAAUUUUGUACCAAUUCGAAUGCUGAUGGACAAUGCCUCGGCUUGUAACUUUGUAACAUUGAAGUGCGCUCAAAAACUUGGAAUACCAAUUAGAAAUAAUUCACCAACGGUGAACGGUGUUGGUCUGUCGUCGACUGACACUUUUGGAAUUGUCGAUUGUGAGAUAGUUCCUUCGAAUGGGGACUCCUCAUGCAAAUUUUCGUUUGAAGCGUUCGUGCUUCCCAAGAUCUGCCAUGAUAUGCCACCAGAACCACUGAAUGUGUCUUCUUGGAGGCAUCUGAAGGAUUUAGAUCUUGCUGAUCCGUCUUUCCACAAAUCUGGACCUAUAGACAUGUUGGUUAACGUCAACCUUUUCGCUGCUGCACUACAAUCUGGCGUUGUCAAGGGCAACGCAGAUGAGCCCAUAGCUGUCCGCACUGUUUUCGGCUGGUUGGUGAUGGGUGAGUGCCCUAUAAACGUUAACACUUCUCGUUCUCGUUGUCAUAAAGGUUCAGAAGGUGAUACUCAGAGGUGCUAUCUCGUGUCGAGUCUAUCAUUAGACAAUAAUAUCAAGCGCUUCUGGGAACUGGAAAGUGUAGAUCCUCCCAAAAAUAUCGUUUUGUCGAAAUUAGAAAUGUCGUGUGAAAACCAAAUGGAAACUUCAUAUUGUCGCACUCCCGAGGGUAGGAUGGUCGUACCAUUAACUUAUGUCGACCCUCAGGAUAAACCCAGGUUUUCAAAUUCUCGUGAGAUAGCUCUCAAGCGUCUCUUAAAUUUAGAGAGGAAAUUCAAAUUGAAUCCUCAGUUUCGGACAGCUUAUGUCAAUUUCAUGGAUGACUACCUUAGUUGUGGUCACAUGGUGGAAGUUGAUCCUCCCUUGUCGUCUGAAGGUCAGUUUUAUUACAUCCCCCACCACGGAAUUUUGCGCCCUGACUCCUCCACUACUCCUCUUCGCUGUGUUUUUGACGCUAGCGCCCAGGAUUCUUCAGGGAAGUCCUUGAACGAUACACUGCUUGCCGGCCCUAAAUUGCAAAAUAACAUAUUUGACUUGCUGGCUCGUUUUCGAUGGCAUGCAGUAGUGCUCACCGGUGACAUCAAACAAAUGUACCGGCAGUUCCUUGUCGAUUUACAGGACUGCGACUAUCAGCGCAUUUUGUGGCGCCCGUCACCUGAUGAUCCCGUGAAAGAUUAUCGUUUGCUCACAGUGACCUAUGGUGUGUCCUGUGCUCCAUAUCAGGCGCUCUGGUGCAUAUCGAAAUUAGCAAAGGAGUUUUCGUCUCGUGCUCCUCAAGGUGCUGCAGUGUUGGCUAGGGAUGCGUAUGUCGACGACGUUGUGUCAGGUGCAGACUCUGUCGAGGAUGCGUUGGUGUUACGACAACAGUUGGUGGAAAUAUUAUCGUCUGCUCAGCUUCAUCUGCGCAAAUGGACCUCUAACAGCCCUGAAUUUCUAGGAAGUUUGCCUGGUUCAGAGCUGUACUCAGAUCAACUUCACAAUUUCGAAAACGUCCAUGAUUUAUCGUUAAAAAUUCUCGGUUUGUCGUGGCUUCCCAAGGAAGAUACUUUCACAUUCAAGACCUCCUUGAAUGAUUGUCGUUGUACGAAGCGAUCGAUCCUCUCGGACAUCGCUCGUAUUUUUGAUCCUCUGGGUCUAUUAUCGCCUGUCGUGUUUUUCGCAAAAUAUUUAAUUCAACUUCUAUGGGUUUCUGGUGUCGAUUGGGACAGCGAGGUGCCUAUCGCUAUCGCUCAAGAAUGGCGUAAAUUCAAGUCGCAAUUGGCGGAAAUGAGCUCGUUGUCCAUUCCCCGUAGAAUGGUUGUAUCUUUCGUAUCGUUACAGCUUCACGGGUACUGUGACGCCUCGGAGAAGGGUUACUGUGCUGUCAUUUACUGUCGUGUCGUUCAAAAUGACGGAUCCGUUGUCGUGCGUCUUUGUUGCGCUAAAACGAAGGUGGCCCCACUUCGUAAAUGUUCUAUCCCGAGAUGUGAGCUGUUAGCUGCUGUCUUGUUGUCGGAUUUGAUUGUCUCGUUUACAGAAGCUCUAAAAGAUUUUCACACUUUUGAUGAUAUCCACGCUUGGUCAGAUUCUACUGUCGCGCUGACUUGGAUUCGUUCGUGUCCAUCAAAGUGGAAAACUUUUGUGGCUAAUAGGGUUGCGCACAUACAAGAGAACGUCCCCCCUGAAAAUUGGCACCACGUGUCUGGUUCGGAUAAUCCAGCGGAUUGCGGCUCCCGCGGUUUGUUACCUGCUGAUUUAAUCCAGAAUACGCUAUGGUGGGCGGGGCCUACUUGGCUGUCUAAUCCUCAAGAAUCUUGGCCGCAAUCUGAGAUCCUUUCUGAUCAAGCCGCUUCGAACGAGCAAAAAAUCUAUAGUUUGUUCACAGACUCUAAUAUAUCGUUGAUUGACAACAUCUUAAGCAGAUUCUCGUCUUUACAACGCAUAUUGCGUAUUUUCGCUUAUUGUUUUCGGUUCAUGCAUAACUUGCAAAAAUCAUUGCCGAAAAUCACAGAUCCGAACCUGUCGUCUGAAGAAAUUACGAAAGUUCUUCACUUUCUCGUGAAACAUGUCCAGGAGCGAGCUUUCGCUUCAGAAUUGCGGUGCUUGUUGACAGAUAAGUCACCCCACUCUCUAUCGAAGCCCAUGCGGAAAUUGGCGCCGUUUGUGGAUGAGCGUGGAAUGCUAAGGGUGGGCGGUCGCCUUUCUAAAGGAGACCUGUCGUUCGAUCGGCAGUAG